GGGGGUGGGUUGCUUGUCCUCAGGGGGCGGGGAAGUCGAGGCCAAAAAGGAGAAACAACUCGACCCUGACUCCCACUUCCCCCGACACCGGAGGCAUAUAGUCACGGAGAGCCAGGGAAGAGAAGAUAACGCCUCCCCCGCCAUCACUCUCCCACUCUCAGCCUCCGCCAUGGCCGAGACCACGGCUGGACUGAGCGAGACUGUCACCGAGACAUCGGUUACCGUGACAACCGAACCCGUGAGGAGGACAGGGGAAAACCGUAGCCUAACUAUUAAACUUCGGAAACGGAAGCCAGAUAAGAAGGUGGAAUGGUCAAGUGAUACUGUGGACAACGAGCAUUUAGGACGCCGUUCAUCAAAAUGUUGCUGUAUCUAUGAAAAGCCUCGGGCUUUUGGUGAGAGCUCUACAGAGAGUGAUGAUGAAGAUGAUGAAGGCUGUGGUCACACUCACUGUGUUCGGGGCCACCAAAAGGGACAGCGUCGUGCUACCACUGUCCCACCCCCAACUACUCUUUCCCACCUCCCUAACCCCUCCCAACCCCCACCUGGGCCCAUGCAGCACUGAGCUUCAUUCUUCUCCGUUGCCCCUCCAUUUAUCUGGACCUGAAUGUGUCUGUGUUACUACUUAGGGAUUAAACCCAUGGUUUGAUCCCUCCUAUCCCCCCCUUUCCUAUCCCCUCACCUCACCUUGCUUCUCCUCUACCUGCUGAAGGGUACGGGGAGAAGAAGGUUGGUAAAAAUCCCGGAGUCCUGACUUUGCUGCUAUAACAGAACCCAGGCUUCUAGGCUCAUUCCACCCUUGAGGGACCCAGGCAUCUAGCUCCCUCACUCUCAUUCCUCUUUCUUCAUCCCUGUAUUCGGGGACCCAGGCAUCUUUUAUCCUAGUCUCCAGCCCCAUUCUUAUCCAGCCCUCUGUUCUCACUGCCAAAUUCCCUUCCCUGGAAUUCAAAUCUUCCCAACCCACAAUCCCCUGUUCUCUGAAUCUAGCACACUAGAAGGUGGACUUCAUUAUAACCCCAGCUUUCACUGCCAGGCCUCUAUCCCAUUCAAGACCCAAGUGUCCACUCCCCCAUUAGUGGCCAGUUGCCCUGCUGCCAAGCUGUACUCUAAUCUUGGUUUAAAGCACCUACUCCAAAGUAUUAUACAAUCCUAAUUCUUUAUCAGCUGGAAAGAGAUUCAGGUUAUAUCCUUAAAUCUCAUCAGUAGGCUGGAAAAUGGCUGCUCCUUCCAAAGAGGCUGACAGCAGAGAAUUCCCACUCCCUAUCCCUUAACUAUUCCUUUCCAAAAAUGUUCUCAGAAGGGAUUGAAGGGAGAAGGAUUUCCCUAUCCUUUCUAAGACUUUUGGCAAAGAAAGCUGAAAUUUUUGUUGUCUGAGUUUGAUUUCCCUCAGUUUUCUGGUUUUCCCAUUGCAGAGGUUGGAUCUAAUAUGACUUUGAGGGGAACCUAGGAAGGAAUGAAGAGGGAUCUAAGAGGUUGGUAUUCCUUCCAAUUCCUUAUUCUGUUCCCAAAUAAGCCUAGAAGAGCACCACCAACUUAAUAGGCCCCUCCACAAAAUUCCUGGGAAUGAAUCAUCCACUGUCUCCUACAUUCUCCAUUUAUCUACAAAGGUCAACCAACUCCACCUCUUCACUGAGAUUUCAUUUAUUGCCAUAGGCUCUCAAAAUAAAUAACCCAAUGUCACAGAA